UUACCAACAUAUCAUAAGCGAAUCUUGCUCAUCGUUAAACCUGAUGGCUUGGAGGUGUCACGGUUCAACAAAUGCCGAACUCAUCUCGAAAUUACACUCGGCUGGUCUUAUCCAGAGCUCGAGAGUUCUUGAGGCAAUGAAUAAGGUUGAUCGAGCAAAAUACGUUUUGAGAAAUUCUUUGAGUGAGGCAUAUCAAGAUAGACCGCAACCUAUUGGGCACGGUGCUACUAUAUCUGCUCCUCACAUGCACGCUAGCGCUUUGGAAAACCUACUUCCAUUUUUAAAUCCCGGAGCCCGUGUCUUAGACGUGGGUAGUGGAAGCGGAUAUAUUCUUGCUUGUUUGUAUCACUUGGUGUCAAGUCCAGUUGCGAUCAAAGCUAGCCAUAAUCAACAACAAGCUGGACUGGCUAUUGGAAUUGAACAUAUCCCCGAAUUGGCAAAAGAAUCCAUUGAAAACUUGAAAAAUGAUGGACUUGAUGAACCUCUUGCUAAAGGAUUUAUCAAGGUGGUUGCAGGUGAUGCUCGAGACCCAAGCACUGAGUUUGGGGGAAUUUGGGAUGCUAUACAUGUCGGCGCUGCAGCCCCUACCAUGCCAUCAACACUUGUUAAUCAGCUAGCUUCUCCAGGUAGGAUGUUCAUACCAGUUGGAACCGAUUCCCAAGCAGUAUUUCAAGUGGAUAAAGAUGAGAAGGGAGAAGUAACCAUCAAGGAACUCUAUAACGUUAGAUAUGUGCCUUUGACUAGCCGGGAGGCUCAAUUAUCUGGUGUCUGAAUCUUUGACAUGAGCUAGGAUUUCAUCUCUGUGAUCAAGAUAAGCAUCAUGCGACUUGCAAUCAACUCAUCAGGGUCCUAGAUGUGUUACAUGAAUGGUUGUGAUUUGAAAAUGUACCCUGCAUUCGAUAUUUGAAUACAUUUUG